AUGCUUAAUUUGAAUGCUUCUAACUCGGAAGGAGCUUAUGAUGUCGCAAACACUACAACAACGUCAACCGAACUUCCUGGUGGUGUAUUAUGGAAAACUUUGAUUUUUGACAAGUUCGGCCAAGAUAUUAUCUCGUCUAUUAUGCGAGUCAAUGAUCUUCGCGAAAACGGCGUUACUGUUCAUAUGUUACUAUCCCAAGAUCGCUCAUCAUUACCCGACGUGCCAGCAGUUUACUUUGUCGAACCAACAUCCGAAAACGUGAAAAAGAUGUGCGAGGAUUUGCAACGUGGAUUAUACGACUCUUACUAUAUCAACUUUGCCUCUACGAUUCCACGUCCUAUUAUGGAAGAGCUUGCAUCCACGACGAUCGCAAACGAUACAUCGGAUCUUAUCAGUCAAGUCUAUGAUCAAUACCUCAACUUUGUGUGCACCAAUCCAGACGUCUUUUCAUUGAAUCAGUCAGAGGUGUUUGUCAAUUUGAAUAACCCGAGUGCGGCUGAGACCUUGAUUGAUGAAACUGUCGAUAAAACUGUCAAUGCAUUGUUUUCUGUUGUUGUCACAAUGGGUGUAAUUCCCAUUAUUCGGUGUCCACGCGGCAAUGCAGCUGAAAUGAUCGCCAACAAGCUGGAUAGCAAGUUACGUGAUCAUUUAAUGAACUCGCGCACUAAUUUGUUUUCGGAAAGCUCGUCCAGUCUGCAAAGACCUGUAUUGAUUCUGCUGGACAGAAAUAUGGAUCUGACACCCAUGCUUAGUCACUCGUGGACUUAUCAAUCACUCAUUCACGACGUACUGGAAAUGAAUCUGAACCGUAUCACUGUCGAUGUACGUCUUUUGAGGCCGGAAUCCUACGACAUCGAAAACAAAGACUUUUUCUGGAACAAGAAUGCCUCGAGUCCAUUUCCGCAAGUAGCCGAGGACAUUGAUAUUGAGCUGAACAAGUACAAGAAGGAUGCAGCUGAAAUUACACGCAUGAGCGGUGUGAGUUCAUUGGAGGAUGUCAGUCAGCUUGACCUAUCCAGUAACACCAAGACGCUUAAAUCUGCAAUUACUGCAUUACCGGAACUGACCGCACGAAAAGCGACCCUGGACAUGCACAUGAACGUGGCGACUGCGUUGUUGAAUAAGAUCAAAGAUCGGCAGUUGGAUACAUUCUUUCAGAUUGAAGAGAAUAUCACUCGACAGAAUAAGAGUAUAUUGUUGGAAGUCAUUUCAGAUCAAGAAAAGAAAGAUCCGGAAGACAAGAUGCGUCUUUUCCUGAUCUACUAUCUGUCAAUUACCGAGGAAAUCUCUCAAGAAGAUAUGGCUGGUUAUGAAAAGGCCUUGGAGGCAGCAGGAUGUGAUCUAGCACCUUUGAAUUAUAUCAAGAGAGUACGACAGCUGAUGCGCAUGACGUCCAUGAUUUCAUCGCCUACACCCGGUCAAGGUUCAGGCUUUUCCCAAAAUGACUUAUUCCGCGGCUUUAGCAGUAUUGGAAACAAGUUGACAGAUCGUUUGAAAGAAGGAGGAUUAGGUGGUGGAUUUGAAAACAUCUUAUCUGGUGUCAAGAACCUGCUUCCUGUGCGUAAAGAACUAGUUAUUAGCAAGAUCGUAGGAGAUAUCAUGACACCGCCCCAAAAUGAACCUUCAAAAGCAGAUGACUAUUUGUAUUUCGAUCCCAAGAUGAGCCGUAACUCACGGUCACCGCGUCAACACAAGACGGCGUUCCAAGAAGCCAUUGUGUUUGUCGUUGGCGGUGGAAACUAUGUUGAAUACCAAAACUUGCAAGAAAUUGCCACGGUAAAGAGUUCAGGAGAGAGGAGAAAAGAAACGAGGAGUUGUUUAGGGGGAGGGAGUUAG